AUGUCUUCAGAUCUCUGUCCCGUCUAUGCGCCCUUCUUCGGUGCCAUGGGCUGCACGUCCGCCAUUGUGUUCACCUGCUUUGGCGCCGCCUAUGGAACUGCUAAGUCUGGUGUUGGUAUCUCCGCAAUGGGUGUACUUCGACCGGAUCUUAUCGUCAAGAAUAUUGUGCCCGUUAUCAUGGCUGGUAUCAUUGGUAUCUAUGGUCUGGUCGUUUCCGUCUUGAUCUCAGACAAUCUCUCCCAGAAAGAAGCUCUUUUCACUAGCUUCAUUCAACUCGGUGCUGGUCUUUCCGUCGGCUUAUCCGGUCUUGCCGCCGGUUUUGCUAUCGGAAUCGUUGGUGACGCUGGUGUGCGUGGUACCGCUCAACAACCUCGUCUCUUCGUCGGCAUGAUUCUCAUUCUCAUUUUCGCCGAAGUGCUGGGUCUGUACGGAUUGAUUGUUGCUCUAUUGAUGAACUCCAAGGCUCAGACCGAUGUGCACUGCUAG